GUCUAAAGUGCACGCAACAUCACUGUCUGCGCGGAGGAGCGGAACACGAGUGCUCGACGUGAUAGGGGAAGAAAGAUCUCUAUCAAAAAGUGUCUUCAUUUUCAACAGCCCUUUGAAGGACACCCACGAAACAGAAGACGGGGAAGCGCGAGCAAGCUUUCAGGAGCGCGCGCGCCAAAGUUUUCCAUCCGGUCCGUUUUUUUGUUUUCAUUUUAUUUAUUUUCUCCAAAAUGAAUGUCGGCGACGAGAACUUGCUGAAAUCGAUCAGCAACGAUACCUUGCUGGACCUGACGCAGCGCUACGGACAGUCCGCCUUCGGUUUCGGCGCUGGCCAUGGUGCUGGAAGUCCUGGCCGCUUCUCGCUCACACCUGCCGCGGAUUUCCUCUCCGGUCAAACUGGAAAGUCGAACGAAAGUGGCGGUGAGCAGACCAGCGACGAAGACGACGGCUUCGACAACCUCGAGUCCCGUAAGCGAGGCGCGGGCUUCGACGAAGAGAAGCACCCGGGCUCUCUCACCAAGAAGUCCAAGGAGCAGAGAUCUCUCCGGCUGAGCAUCAACGCGCGCGAGCGGAGACGCAUGCACGACCUCAAUGACGCGCUGGACGGUCUGAGAUCUGUGAUUCCUUACGCGCACAGCCCGUCCGUGAGAAAACUCUCUAAAAUUGCAACUUUGCUUCUUGCAAAAAACUACAUCCUAAUGCAGGCGCAGGCGCUGGAGGAGAUGCGCCGGUUGGUGGCUUAUCUUAACCAAGGACAGACUAUAACUUCGCCGAUUCCCACCGCGCUCGCGCCUUUCGGACAAGCGGCCGUGUAUCCGUUUUCGAGCACAGCACUGGCCACCUGCGCGGAGAAAUGCAACUCGUUCUCCGGCACCCCGUCCAACCUGUUCAAACACUGCAACGAUAAGCCUUGACUUCCACUCGCUGAACUCUUCCCGCUUCCUUAUGUUGGUCGAACUGUUUUGUUGGGACUGGGCUUAUAGGUCUGACUCAAAACUCCUGCUUUGUGUCAAAAUAAGUGCGAUGUGUCAUCCAAAUUUAUUAGAUAAUGUGAAAUAAAUAAUCAAGAGACACGGAAUUACUGAAACAAGCUUAUAAACCCCUCAAAUUUAAAGCCUUUCUUCCUUUUCCCAAAUGAAGGAUUUAAAAGAUUAUUUGUGUGAAAACAAACAAACAAAAGAAAUUGCUUAUUAUUGCUCACAGUUUGCGAAGGAUUUCUUUUUUAAGUCAAAGCUUUCGGUUUCAUCGGUAUUGGUCAACUAUGCAAUUUACAAUUGCCCACAAUAAACAAUAGUUUCUUUUUUUUUUAAGUUAGUCUGAAAUGAAUAUACGGAUGAUAUACUCCAUCAGUGUUUUAGGGAAAAACGUAACAUCCUCAGAUGCUUGGCCUAUAAAUCGUUUAUUUAUUUAUUUAUUAUUUUUUGUUAUUGCACAGUUCACUUGAUUGUAUUGUACAACUGUGAAGAACUACUUGAUCAAAGGAUUUUGACCUUGUUGCGACAUGCGUUUCAUACUGUAUAUUGUUUAUAUGUCUUUAUAAUUAAAACAUAUAUCUAUGA